GUAAACCUACGGUUUAAUCUAACAAAGAAAAAGAGAAAAAGAAUUAGUGAUCAGGUUUUUUCGUCUCUCUCACUCUCUCUUGCAGAUCCAUUCGCCGCAGGCCAGCCUCCGAUCACCGGUUGUCGUCGCACGCUCGCGCUCGUCGUCGCUGUACAGCCCGUCAAUCGGCGUUCAAUGGGUGCUCUAGCCACAGCUUUGCCGUCGAACACCCAGCCACCGCCGUGACCCACGCCGGCGGGUGUUUCAGAUUUGAUGUUUUGGGGAGACUAAUACCGUUUUACAGCACGUACCAAUAAUUUCUUAGCGGAUUUUCAGUGUGGAUUGAGACUUCAGUAAGCUAAAGGAAGAUUAUUUGGAUAUAGUUGAGAUUCAAUUUCAGGACGAUGGAGCAGCGGGCAGAAGGUGAGUCAAUAAGAAUAGCCUCGGAGGAGCUCUCUCAGGAGUUCAAAACUUUGAUGAAUAAUGAUGAUUUGAACUCUCUCAACCAUUUGCAACACCUCAUAUUGGGGAGAUUGCAGGAUAGCAAUGCAGUCCUCUCUCAUUUCAACGAGUUUUCAGAGCAUUGCUAUGCUGAAGUGUCUGGAGAUCUAUCCAGAAAUACUCGUCUUUUAAACUCUAUGAAAUCUGACCUUGAUUACAUAUUUCAGAAAAUAAGGAGCAUGAAAUCGAGAAUUUUGGCUACUUAUCCAGAUGCAUUUCCAGAUGAGUCAACAAGUGAAGUUCUUGAUAAGAGACCAGACCUUGAAAUACCUCGAUAACGACAGAAACGACGGCAUGUAAAAUCAUAGCAUAAUGGGAAUGAGAAUGUAGAUAGAUCAUCCUUCCAAAAUUAUAUUCAUCAUGUUGUCCUUUUAUCUCACUAGGUAUGAAGUUUGAUUCACUCAUUUAUUUAUAUUGUGUAACGUGGUUGGUACUUGGUAGCUUCAAAGUCUUACCUCAAUUCUAGUGUUCAAGGAAAUCGAGGUACAAAGAGUAAAGCAGCGUUAUGAUGAGGAGAAAUCCAAAUGAAGUACGAGUUAAAAAAGAAACAUAUUUUACGUAUGUCAGGCUUCCUUA